AUGGUCCUCAAGGUCAGUGCCAACUCUGACACGAUCACCGAUGAACUGCAGAAGUUCUGGGAUUUGGAAAGGAUGGGAAUCACGGAGAAACCCGAGACAAAGCCAAGCGAUGACCGUGUGAUACAGUACAUCAGAGAAACAAUGGAGUUCAAGGCAGGAAGGAAAGGAGUAAGCAUCGGCGUUAAUUCAGUAUUUGCCAUUUCUCGCAGUGUGACUUGUGGGGAUUAUGUGGCCUCCCAGUCUUCAGAAGACAAGCGUUGGUACCGGGCCUACGUGCUCGAGAAGACGGCCAGUGGGCACACAGUACGAUACCUGGACUAUGGAAAUGACGAACCUAACACAAAUGUAAUUCCACUUGCACCUGCACACAAGGCGGUCCCUGCUGCAGCGGUGAGAUUGCUCACCUCAGACCCCACGUCCUUUAGAGUUGGGCAGGUGCUCAGUUUUUCUGUGGAGUCGGCAGAGGACGGCGCAGUUCGAGGAACUGCUACCUCGCAAGAAGAUGGCAAAACGAUGGGCACAUUUUCUCUGGCUCCAUGGCACUCUGGUCUGGACAUUAUGGAACCUGUGGCACCAGCUGCUUCGAAACCUGUUGUGCCAGCUGCUUCAAAACCCAUGUCACCAGUUGCUUCAAAACCAGUGGCGCCAGCAGCUUCGAAAUCCACGUCGCCCAUUGCUUCGAAACCAGUGACACCAGCUGCUUCAAAACCUGUGGCUGCUUCAUCUCCACCUGUUCCACAGCUACAGUCAAUGCUUAGCCUCGUCCAGACUGGCGACAGCCUUCCCAUGCAAGUGACUGUGUCUGCCCGGAACAUGGUGUGGUGCCUCACCAUGACUCCCAGUGUUGCUGGCCCCUUGAUUCAAGUUGAGCAAAGGCUCCAAGACGAGGGCAAUGAGCUUGGUGACAAAGGUGCGACUCACAAGGUCAAUUGUGGCGAUUUUGUUGCUUCCCGAUCAUCGGAAGACAGGCGGUGGUACCGGGCCUGUGUGACUGAGAAGACUGCCAGUGGGCACACAGUGCGAUACUUGGAUUAUGGAAACGAAGAGUCCAACACAGACAUUUUUCCUCUUGAACCAACACACUUGACAGUGCCUGCUGCUGCUGUUCGUGUGAUGACAUCAGACCCCACAUCAUUCAGAGUUGGGCAACUGCUCAGCUUCAUGGUUGAGUCUAUGGAUGGUGGCACAGUUCGAGGAACUGCCACCUCGGAGGAAGAUGGCAGGAAGAUGGGCACAUUUGCUCUGGCUCCCUGGAACCGUGAUCUCAAUGCCGGAGAACCUGUGGUGUCGCCUUCUCCACCGAAACCUGCAGCUGCUGCAGCCGCUCCUCCUAGUGCCUCUCCACCUUCCCAACCAUUGCCAAGCCAGCAGAUGGAUGCCAAGGUUCUGCAUGUGCCACAGCGGAAGCUCCCAACGACCAAGUGCCCCAUGAUACCUGUCUGGAAAACACCAGAGGUUCUGUACCUACACCAGCAGAGCCUGGCGUCAGAGUUGCAGGCCAUGAUGGAGGCACUGAACACCUGGGUUAAGAGUGAGCGGCCCGAGCCAACUGUGACGAAGUACUCCAAGGGGGACUAUGUAUGUGCACUCUUCAGCGAGGAUGCUACUUGGUAUAGAGGCCAGGUGCUGACUGAGAGGUCGCCUGAUGGCAAGUACCUGGUGCUGUUCAUAGACUUUGGCAACAACGAGCAGCUGCCAGUGUCAUCGCUGCGUCCGCUGCCACCACGAUUUGCAGAGGCACCGUUAUUUACCUUCGGUGUGGUGCCACAGAAUGUGCGGCCAGCUGACCCACGACUUGCUUCCCUGCUGGAGCAGGAGCCUUUUGCAGUCGUGCAAGUGGACAAGACACGUUCAGGCGUGCCGAUUGUUCGCCUUGAGCGCAAGGAUGGCACCUGCCUCAAUGACCUCAUUCGUGGCGUUCGUCCCAAG